GUCCAACUACCAGUCCUACCACGAGCCACACUACAAGUCCAACUACCAGCCCUACUACGAGCCCCACUACCAGUCCAACUACCAGUCCUACCACGAACCCCACUACAAGUCCAACUACUAGUCCUACCACAAGUCCAACUACCAGUUCUACUACGAGCCCCACUAGUCCAACUACUAUUCCUACCACUAGUAUCAUUACAAGUCCAACUACCAGUCCUACUACGAGCCCCGCUACAAGUCCAAAUACUAGUCAUACUACGAACCCCACUACAAGUCCAACUACUAGUCCUACCACCAACCACACUACAAGUCCAACUACUAGUCCUACCACGAGUCCCACUACAAGUCCAACUACUAGUCCUACCACGAGCCACACUACAAGUCCAACUACUAGUCCUACCACGAGUCCCACUACAAGUCCAACUACUAGUCCAACUACUAGUCCUACCACCAGCCACACUACAAGUCCAACUACUGGUCCUACCACGAGUCCCACUACAAGUCCAACUACAAGUCCUACCACCAGCCACACUGCAAGUCCAACUACUAGUCCUACCACCAGCCCCACUACAAGUCCAACUACCAGUCCUACCACCAGCCCCACUACAAGUCCAACUACCAGUCCUACCACGAGCCCCACUACAAGUCCAACCACAAGCCCCACUACAAGUCCAACUACCAGUCCUACCACCAGUCCCACUACAAGUCAAACUACCAGUCCAACUACCAGUCCUACUACGAGCCCCACUACAAGUCCAGCUACCAGUCCUACUACGAGCCCCACUACAAGUUCAACUACUAGUCCUACCACCAGCCCCACUACAAGCCCAACUACCAGUCCAACCACUAGCCCUACUACAAGUCCAACCACCAGCCCUACUACAAGUCCAACCACUAGCCCCGCUACAAGUCCUACCACUAGCCCCACUACAAGUCCUACCACUAGCCCCACUACAAGUCCAACCACUAGCCCCACUACAAGUCAAAUCACUAGCCCCACUACAAGUCCAACCACUAGCCCCGCUACAAGUCCUACUACUAGCCCCACUACAAGUCCUACCACUAGCCCCACUACAAGUCCUACCACUAGCCCAACUACAAGUCCUACCACUAGCCCUACCACUAGGCCCACUACAAGUCCUACUACUAGACCCACUACAAGUCCUACCACUAGCCCCGCUACAAGUUCUACCACUAGCCCCGCUACAAUUCCUACCACUAGCCCCACUACAAGUCCUACCACUAGACCCACUACAAGUCCUACCACUAGACCCACUACAAGUCUUACCACUAGCCCCACUACAAGUCCUACCACUAGCCCCACUACAAGUCCAACCACUAGCCCCGCUACAAGUCCUACCACUAGCCCCACUACAAGUCCUACCACUAGUCCCACCACCAACCCCACUACAAGUCCAACUAAAAGUUCAACGACUCAAAGACCUAUAAAUAUAACACUAUCGGAUGUGGUUGGCUAUAUCAACGAACCAGUAACAAUAGUCUGUCAUUAUGAUGGGAAUGACAACUUCGAUAUCAUCGCUGUGUUUAUGGAGGCUUCAUUAAACAAUGGCACUAUUUGGCAACCUCAGGCUGGGUACAGACAAGAUGGGACUGUGAGUGUAUUUAAUCCAAGUGGAGUUACAGCCUCAGGAACUCAAGAGGGUAAUGUGUAUACGUUAAGUGUUACCUACGAGUCUGCUAGCUGUGUACAAUCCACACGGUUCACCUGUACCUCAAAUACUGGUAACAGAGAUUACAGUGAAACUGUUAUUUCGGUAAAACCAAGUGUGCCAACAGCAGUUAUUCCAGAGGACAUAAUUGAGGGAAAAUCUUACACCCUUACAUGCGAAAAUAAACAGAAUAUACCCAAUGGGCAGUUGAACUGGAUGAGACAACUUAGUGGGGAUUCCAGCUUUUCUCCAUACAGCUUCCCAGUUGAUACACGAGUUAACUCUGGUGAUGAGACUUGCUACCAUAACAUGGGUAGCACGGUGACACAUACAUUCGAUAUGGCUUGGAAUAGUUCAUCAAUAUAUUGUGAGGCUGUAGAUCCACCAUCUCAAUCUACUGCUCAGGAUAUACUUAUAAUUCCAGCUGACUACUGUUCCUCUACACCAGAUAAUGAAAGAAAGAAGCAUCCUUAUACAUGUAAUAAAUACAUAACAUGUCUACCCCGUGAUAUACUACAAGUCAGUAAAUGUCCCGAUAAUCUGUGUUAUGAUGAAACUUCUGAUUCUUGUAUAGACUCUACUGCUAAUCCAACAGAUGGUGAUCCGUACAGUUGUGAUGGUAGAGCUUCUGGUACGUUUAUACCAGAUAGAACCUCUUGUAAGAAAUACCAGUGGUGUGUCAAUGGUUCACCAAUAUCUCAAUCAUGUGCGGGUACAACCUUCUAUACCUCUACUGAUGGACCGUGUACGUUUGAUAGAGCUAAAGCUUUCUGUACCGAGGAACAGUUGAAUACUACAUCUUAA